AUGCUCGGUAGACAAAUGGCGGAAGAAUUACGCUACUACGCACGCUCAGAGCGCCACCUACAGGCGUUACAGACAUGGCUGGAGGCCUCAAAGCCCUCAUACCCCGCCUCUGUAGCUUCUGGGGACUCAGAUCCGGUCCAGUGCAAGCUGUUCCCACUCCUCAAGACGCAGGAGUUGGGUGGUGUCGUGCUCUACAGCCCAACCCUCGGCUCGACCCAGACGCUACUCCGUGAGACGCUAAAACCUGCCGCUCCUGCAGGUGUCGUGUGUUAUACAGAGCUGCAGUCGAGCGGCAAGGGUCGCGGCACCAACACGUGGUCGUCACCCGAAGGAUGCCUAACCUUCUCCUUCCAGAGCAGCUUCACGGACGGCGCCACACUUCCCUUCGUGCAGUAUCUCGUAUCACUGGCCAUCAUUAAGGCAGUGGAGGCAGUUCACGCCGCAAUUCCCGGUAGUGCCGGCCCUGUGAAGAUCAAAUGGCCCAAUGACAUCUACGCCAAUCAGGUCAAGAUCGGAGGAAUCCUUUGCCAGUCUGAAUACCGCGACGGCAAGUUCAGUGUCACCACAGGCGUUGGCAUCAACAUUUCAAACCAGACACCGACGAUCUGUCUUCAGGACAUUUUGGGCACUGAAGAGCACCCUUGCACCGUGACAAAAGAGGAGUUUUUGGCUGCGUUCUGCAACGUGUACGAACCCAUGGAGAAGCUGUUCCUCGAGGAAGGCUUUGAGCCAUUUAUGACGGACUAUCUCGCGCGGUGGUUGCACUCCGAUCAGGUUGUGCAGGUCGCGAGCGGUGAUGAUGCAGGUGGCAAGAAGGUGCCGGCAGUGAUCAAGGGACUCACCAGCACGGGAUGUCUAUUGGCGCAAGGUGGCGAUGGCUCUCGUCUCGAACUCUAUCCGGACGGGAACUCGUUCGACUUCCUGACGGGUUUGUUGAAGCGCAAGUUGUAA